UGAUGCAAGGCUGCAAUAUUCCACUUUAAUUGAAAUUAUUAUUAUCUACUACCUCUGUCAAUCUCUUUCUAUUCUCAUAAUCAUUUCCUCUCAAUCUACCUGCAACAACUACUACCAAAAACAAUAUCUGUUUCAUCCAUCUUCUUAAAUCUCAAUCACCCAAACCGAACGAUGCCUCAUCCUGAGUUGAUUCCCUUAGAAAGCCUCAUUCAUAAAUUGACUAUGAUAGCUUUCCACAAUUUUGGACGUGUUCAUGGAUUGUAUGCAAAAUUGGAAAGGCUUCGUGCUGGAGUUGAAGAAAUCAAAGCAAUUUUUGAGGAUGAUCAGAGAAAAAUUGACAAGGAUUGGAUAAGAGAGAUAAAAGAUCAGGUUUAUGCUGCUGAUGACUUCUUCGAUGAAAUUGCUACCGAAAUUUUGCGUCUUGAUGGUGGGAAGGUACGCAGUUUAUUUUCUUGCAUUAAUGCAUUUGUUUUUCAGUUACAAAUUGCUCGUGAAAUAGAUGAGAUAGGAAAGAAUUUAGAGUAUAUGAUCAAAUGGGACCAACUGGCAAGGGAACCGGCAAGGGGACUGGCAAUGGUAGAACAUUCUUAUGUUAGGAAUGAACCAGUAAUGAUUGGCAGAGAAGAGGAGAAACAGGCGAUAAUAAGCCUGUUAAUGGAACCAACUGAUAGACUGUUAAUGGAACCAUCUGAGGAGAAACAUUCUGAUGAUUCUCUGAUUGGUAUUGUUGGUAUGGGUGGUAUAGGAAAGACAGUUCUUGCUAUGAUGGUAUACAAAGAUGCACAAGUCCGAGAUUUCUUUGAUAUCCGCAUGUGGGUGUGUGUUGCUCUGAAUUUUGAUGUCAAAACUAUUGUGAAUGAAAUUUUAGUUUCAUCAAGUGGAAGCAGGAGCAAUGAUCAAGAAUCAAUGGAAACCUUGCAGAUUGAGCUUCAUAAACAAUUAAAUGGUAAAAAGUAUUUGUUAGUCUUGGAUGACGUAUGGAAUGAGGAUUCCAAAAAAUGGACUGAAUUGAAAACUUAUUUAAUGUCUGGAGCUGAAGGUAGCAAGAUUUUAGUGACAACUCGUAGUUUAAAAGUAGGUCAUGCGAUGGGAACUAAAAUGUUGUUUCGUUUGCGAAGCUUGACUGAGGAGAAUUCUUGGAGUUUGUUCAAGAAGUUGGUGUUUGGAGAUGAUAGCAAUCCAAUGAUCCAUCGACUAGAAUCGGUUGGUAGGAAGAUUAUGGCGAAGUGUGAAGGAGUUCCACUAGCAAUUAUGACAGUGGCACAUAUAUUAGAUGGAAAAUAUACUGAAAGUGAAUGGAUUAAUGCUUUAGAAGGUAGUUCUUGGGAACUGGGUGAAAGGGAAUUGGCUAGAAGUACAAAUGAUAUCAGUAUCAUGUCUUCUCUAGCAUUUAGUUACCAGCAUUUGCGGCCUCGUCAAUUGAAACAAUGUUUCGCUUAUUGCUCCAUAUAUCCUAUGGGUUGGGAAAUUGAAAAGAAUGAGUUGAUUCAAUUAUGGAUGGCACAAGAUUACCUUAAUUGUUUAAAUGGUGAGCAGGAAAUGGAAAGUGUUGGAAUUGAAUUUGUUGAUACUCUUCUGAAGAUGUCAUUUUUCCAAGAUCCAAAAAUGGAUGAAUGUGGUAAUCUAGUUAGUUUUAAAAUGCAUGGUUUGAUACAUGAUCUUGCAUUGGAGGUAGCUAGCGAUGACUAUUACUUGGGUAGUCAGAGAAACGUCAUGGAACCCAUACACAUGUGCUUCUCAUUGGAAUCUAACGCCAUUGAUUUGUUGGCAUCAAUAGAUGCAAGUCGGCUGCGAACGAUUUUCCUUCAACGGACAAAUGAUCGAGGCACUGGUCGGAUGACAAGAGAGCUGUCUCUUAUUUUGACAUUCAAAAGCUUACGUACAUUGAAUUUGUCCCGUUCUUCUUUAAAGAUGUUGCCUGAUUUAGUUGGUAAAUUGAAGCAUUUGAGAUAUCUUGACUUAUCUUGGUGUGUAAAACUAACAAGACUUCCCAAAUCCAUUGGCAAUCUUGUUAAGUUACAAACAUUGAAGCUGACUGGUUGCGAGACACUUGAAUUUUCUACAGAAGUUGUCACAAAGUUUAUCAAUUUGAGGCACCUUGAGAUUGAUCGAUGUAAAGCCUUCGAGAACAUGAUGCCUGCAGGAUUGGGAAAAUUGUCUUCGUUGCAAUCAUUAUCAAACUUCUAUGUGGUGGAUGAUCGGCAGAAGAAAAAGAAAUCUGGGAAACUGAAUGAAUUACAAAACUUAAAUAGUCUAAGUGGCAACUUAGAGAUUAACAGACUUGAUCAGGUAAAAGACGUGAUGCCGGAAUCACAACAUGUGAAUUUGAAAGCCAAAAACUUCCUUAUAUCGUUGGAAUUAAAUUGGGAAAAUCAGGACAAAACAGAGGGCAGCUUGCAACUUUUAGAAAACCUUUGUCCCCACGAAUACCUAAGAAGACUACAAGUUCGGUGGUAUCCUGGUGAUAAGUUUUCUAAUUGGCUUUCUGAUAUUUACUGUCUUUCUCACAUCUCUCUCUUUGGCUUUGAUAAUUGCAAAUCUCUCCCACCAUUAGAGCAUCUCCCAUUCCUCAAGUCUCUUGAGAUAAGUUCUAUGAAAGUAUUGGAGUACAUACACCAUAAAGAGCUGUUUCACACUGAAGUAACAUUCUUCCCGUCAUUGGAGCGGCUCAAGUUUAGUGGUUGUAAGAAUUUCAAGGGAUGGAAGAGAACGGAAGGUCAGGUCAGUGUAGAUAAACACUCGCAGCGGCCAUUCGUCCGUCUCUCUCAACUAAUAAUCAACAAAUGCCCAAAGUUGACUGACUUGCCUACUUUUCCAAAUGUUGAGGAAUUGCAGUUGUGUGAAUCUAUGGUGAAGCCAUUGAAAGAAACACUGGAUAUAGCAUCAUCCUCUUCCUCCGCUCCUCUUUCCAAGCUCAAGUCACUAAAGAUAGAAGGCAAACUUCCAGACAUUUGUGUUUUACCAUCUCGGUGGAAACAAAACCUUACUUCCCUUGAGCAUCUUGAAAUUGGAGAUGUUGAUAAUUUAGAUAUUUGGUUUGAGGACAACUUCCCUUCUCUAAAGAAAGUUGUGAUAUAUGGUUGCGAUUUAAAAGCUUUGCCGAGUAAAAUGUGUGACAUGUUAUCACUUCAGCAUAUCAAGAUGAUGGGAUGCCAUAAACUGGCGUCAUUGCCAAAAGAAAUGGUUAAUCUUACCAACUUGGUUACACUAGAAAUCUGGGAUUGUCCCCUCUUAGUUGAACGAUGCCAGAGUGAAACAGGAGUAGAUUGGCCCCAAAUUUCUCAUGUCCAAAACAGAAUAAUGAAGCAAAAUUUGAGGCGGUGAAGGGGUUCACCUCAUGUCCUUCUCAAGAAUCUUGAUCAGCUAUCCAAACAAAAGGAGAAAAAAAAGAUGCUGUUUUCAUUCAGCAAGCUUCAAUGGAAGAAGAAUCACAGUUGAAGCUCAUAAGAGGAAGGAAUAUGUUUUUCAUCAAAUGGCUUCACAAGCAAUUUGGCUUGAGGGAGACUCAAUGAAAUUCUUAAGUUUAUUUGUAUUUCUAUGUUUGUAUUUUAUAAAAGGGAUUGUUAAGCUCUUAUUUAUAUGUGUGUGAAGAAAAAGCUUUUAUAUGUGU